GCUGCGUGCAGGCUCCGGAAGUGGAGGCGAGCGCGCGGGCCGGGUCUCUGCGGCGGCCCGGGGUCGGUCCUGCGGCGCGAUGAGCUCCUUCCAGGGACAGAUGGCCGAGUACCCGACCGUCUCCAUAGACCGCUUCGACAGGGAGAACUUGCGGGCCCGCGCCUACUUCCUGUCGCACUGCCACAAGGUGUGAAGAAAACAGGUCUCGGACCGACCUCGAACUUGAGGUAGAGCAGACGCGCACAGGCCCAGGCGUCAGACUCGGCCUGUGAACGGGACCGAGUGCACCCCGCCCCCUUCUUAGGUCUCCGGUCUGCUGCCGGCGUGAAGUCUUCUGCUCCGGGACGGGGUGGCGGGGUGCAGAUGUAGCUGAUCACAUGAAAGGACUAAGGGCACCGACUUUGAAAAGAAGGUUGGAGUGCAGCUUGAAGGUCCACCUGUACUGCUCUCCUGUUACUAAGGAGUUGUUGUUAACUAGCCCAAAAUACAGAUUUUGGGAGAAACGAAUUGUAUCGAUUGAAAUUGAAACUCCUACCCAGAUAUCUUUAGUUGAUGAAGCAUCAGGCGAGGAGGAAGAGAUUGUUGUGACUCUCUUACCAGCUGGCCACUGCCCGGGAUCAGUUAUGUUUUUAUUUCAGGGUAAUAAUGGAACUGUCUUGUACACAGGAGACUUCAGGUUGGCCAAAGGAGAAGCUGCUAGAAUGGAGCUCCUGCACUCUGGGGGCAGAGUAAGAGACAUCCAGAGUGUGUAUUUAGAUACGACUUUCUGUGACCCAAGAUUUUACCAGAUUCCCAGUCGGGGGGAGUGUUUAAGUGGAAUUUUAGAGCUGGUUCGGAGCUGGAUCACUCGGAGUCCAUAUCACGUGGUAUGGCUGAACUGCAAAGCCGCUUACGGCUACGAGUAUUUGUUCACUAAGCUGAGUGAGGAGCUGGGAGUCCAGGUUCACGUAGACAAGCUAGACAUGUUUAGAAACAUGCCUGAUAUCCUCCAUCACCUCACCACGGACCGAAGCACCCAGAUCCACGCCUGUCGGCAUCCCAAGGCAGAGGAGUAUUGGCAGUGGAAUAAAUUACCCUGUGGAAUUACUUCCAGGAAUAAAAUUCCACUCCGCACAAUCAGCAUUAAGCCAUCCACCAUGUGGUUUGGAGAAAGAUCCAGGAAAACAAAUGUCAUUGUGAGGACUGGAGAGAGUUCAUACAGAGCUUGUUUUUCUUUUCACUCCUCCUACAGUGAGAUUAAAGACUUCUUGAGUUACCUCAGUCCUGUGAAUGUGUACCCAAACGUCGUUCCAGUGGGCACAACUCUGGCUAAAGUCAGAGAAAUCUUAAAGCCUUUAUGCCGGUCUUCCCAAAAUACUGAGCCAAAGUAUAAACCACUUGGAAACCUGAAGAGAGCUAGAACAGUCCAUCUAGAUCCAGAGGAGGAUGACCUUUUUGAUGACCCUCUGCCAGUACCUUUGAGGCACAGGCUGCCAUACCAGGUGACUCUUCAUCCUGAGGUUAUCUUGCUGACUGCAGUUCCACAAAACCAGUCCGAAAAACUGAGACAAAGCACAGGAUGCUGUGAAGUCAAGAGUGGGGAAAGCUCUCUUUUGGCCAACUUCAUAGACUGUGACGAAUCCAACAGUGGAAGUGAAGAAGAAUUGGAACUCCCAGCAUCACUGCAAGGUCUGGAUCCUGGAACACCUCCCCAGCAGGGUGAUGCAGAUGUACCCCAGUGGGAAGUAUUCUUUAAAGGAAAUCAUGUUACAGAGGAAGGUCUAGAAAACUUUCCUUCUUCAACACAGACUGGGGGAUCUCAGUCACCCCAGCUUUUCAGUGACUCGGAUGGCGAAUCAACCCACAUCUCCUCCCAGAAUUCUUCGCAGUCAACACACAUAACAGAACAAGGAAGUCAAGGCUGGGACAGCCAGUCUGAUACUGUUCUGUUAUCUUCACAGGACAGAAAUGGGGACAGUGCCUUUUUGAACAAAGGUGCCCAUAGACCAAAGGUCAAGGACAGUAUCCCUGCUUCUCAGAUGGAACAAAAUGCACUUUGCGCAAAGGACGCUGCCAGUGAUGUGAAAGGCAGAGCCCAAGACUUAACUAUAGUUCCUAGUACGGAGGAACACAGACCUGAGGAAAAAAGGUUGUCAAAUCAUAGCACAUACCCAGACUCACACAGCUCCUCUGAUUUUGAGAUUCCCUCGACUCCAGAAGCUGAGCUACCUAAACAAGAGCAUUUACAGUGUUUAUAUCAGAAACUGGCAACAGGUCAGAGUAUAGUAGCUGAAAAAAGAAAAUGCUCAUUCUUGGAUAUUUAAGAAUUAAAACACCCUGUCCUAGAGCAAUCAUUAAAAAGCUUUUACAAGCAAUUGAGUCUACUAUUGCAGUAGAUUAGUUACAGUGGAAUAAAAAAUGUUGAGAGUAGCCAGGCACAGUGGCACAUGCCUGAUACCGGCACUAAGGCAAGAGGAUCAGAAGUCCCAGUCCUGCCUGGGCAAGUUGGUGAGACUCUGUCUCAAAAAGGGGUGGUGGUGGAAUAUAGCUUAGUGCAAAGGUCAUGGCUUCAAUCCUCAGGACUAAAACCAAAAACUAAAGGCAGGCAAUUGAGGUAAAUGGGGGUUAAAAAACAGCACAUGGGAGGCAGAACUAAAUCUAAACAUCUUAAUAAUUAUAUUAAAUGUAAAUGGUCUAAGGACACGUCGAGAAAGACUACUCAGGUAAAAAAAAACUAUGGUGUCCACAAGAAAUUCAACUCAAAUGCUAUCUAUAGAUAAAAGGAAGGGGAAAAAAGAUCCAACAGGUAAGCAGUAACUAAAAGCAGGAGUGGCUAUAUUAGUAUUAGACCGUUUCCUAAUGAUAAAAGGUCCAGUUAACUGAGAAGACAUAAUCCUACAUGUCUGUACACUUAAUAGCUUCAAAAUACACAAGCAAAGACAACUGAGACAAACUAAUGCACAAUUUUAGAGGUUAACAUCCCUCUCAGUGAACUACAUUUUAUAUAUACAUCCGUACAUAUAUAUAUAGAUAGGUGUAUAUAUCUGUAUGUACACACACACAGAAAAUCACUAAGUGUGUAGAGGAACUGAACAUCACCACUUAACUGGAUCUGACAUAAGACCCUCCACCUAAACAGCAGAACGCAUCUCAAGUGUGCAGGAACUUUAACCAAAGACAGACUAUCUUGGGUCAGACAAACAUUUAAAUUGGAAUAAAUUUGGACCUACUGCAAUAAACUGAUGGUCACAGGGAAAAAAUAGCACCGUAUCCCAAAAGCUGUUGUAUCACUUAAAAACCAUAUUAUCAAUUCAGUGGUAAAAGUAUAACCACAAAAAUUAGGAUGUAAAAAAAAAAUGCUUAAGAAUUAAAUGGCUAAAAUAUGCUAUGUUCUGUGAGUCAACACCUUCAAAGUCCAGAAAUGAUUAUGAGGAUUUAAUAAAUUUUUUGUUGCUGUUGUUAACGGGGAUCAAAUUCAGGACCUUAUGCUUGUGAGGCGGCAGGCGGUGGCACCACUGAGCUAAAUUCCCAGCCCGAGGAUUUACUAAACUUUUGUAAAUAUAUAUUCAUAAAUACUUCUGGAUAUGCUGAUGUUUCACAAAUUAAAACAAAAGCAAAGGUA